GGGUGAAGAGGUACCAUACUUCCAAAUGCCUAAAAAGAAGGUGUUAUACUUCCAUACGUCGCGAUGCAAUGCGGUCACAGAGGAAGACAUCGAGCACGUGUGGGAGGCGCUUGAUCCGGCUCGGUGGGGCUUCCAACACGCGCGUGCGUGGCGUCGUCUACGGAAGGCGGGUGCACCUACGCAAGCAACUGGUCUGCGUAGUGCGAGACACAUGUAUCCUUUGCCGCCGCAUCCUUCCGUCAUCGAAUACACCAGAUCUACCUCAACUGGCACGGCGACAACAAUUGUGGUGAAGCCGCCGCCCGGCAUUGAAUCCCCCACAGACGGCACCUCUGCGUCGGACCAGUCCACGGUUGUUGUGCAGCCUUCUGCAGCCGUCGUCUCAGCCCCGUCUGCGCCUUCAUCGAGUUCUCGGCUCUCCGUUGAGGAGAGCUGCCCGGAGGACGAAACAUUAAAGGCGUGUGUGGGGGCGGCGCCACGAGCAGACACUUUUUCUCAACAGAACCUUGCGUCGAAUACAGCAGAGCACGGCAACGCCAUCGACAACAGCAACGGUAACAGCGCUGCCACCAUCAUGACGACCAGCAGCAGCAGCAGCAGCAGCAGCACCGCGUACACACGCAUGGACGAGGUGCACCCAACUAACUCCACCCGGCCGCUGGCUCGCAUUCGACUCGCGGCCUACCAGAAACAGUUUGUCCCGACUUUCUUCUCGGCCGGCAUACGGCCAACCAAGCAGUGCCUCUCCCCAGCAUCGAGCUUCUCCGAGCUGCGAGGGGUCCCACCAGCACCGUUUUUCGACGCGACCCAGCAGGAUGCGCCACCGGAAGCGCAGUUGCCGCCGCACGCCGACGACGUUGCCAUCCACAUCGCACAAGAACAAGAGGAGGUGCCGACUGCGCAAGCCGAAGCGGUGCCCUCCGCCUCUCCUUGCGGUGGCGAAAGUAGUGCUGUGGAAAUGGUGGAGAUGGCCGAUCAAACCGCAACGCAACACGUGGAGGGGGAACAGCGCACCGAGGCGGUGCUGUCAACGGUCUCUUCCAUUGCAUCCGUCGACGACGCCCCGUGUAUAUCGGUGGAAUUUGGCGCGCCACCGCCGACGUCGUCGCUGCCGCCCGUUGCGUACUCGGCAACGCAGCAGCAACGACCGGAGCUGGCAACGAGGAGCGCCCGCUCUGCUGUGCUGUCCCGUGUGCCGUCAUCCAAAUGGAGAGCGUUGUCCGCGGAGAGCAAUCCCUGUGUGCAGCAACAACCGGAUCCAUCUGUGAUGACAUCAGUUGCCGAGAAAAAGGAGUUGGUCAUUGAACCGCAUCGUUCCACAGUGUUGCGCUCUGCGGCAGUGAAUGUCUCUACGGCGCCGGCGCCAGCAUCACCGCCACCGCCAGUUCCUCCUGCCAUCCUUGAGCACGCCGUCACUACCGAGGAGAAGGAAGUGUCGGCGAGCUCGCCCUCCCCAUCCCUGACACGGCAGAGUCUCUGCCGAGUUCCAACGCGUUGUAGAAGUGAACCAAGAGCUUUUUUCAACGACGCAAAACCGCCUGUCGCAUCGCCUUUGCCGUCUGCGCUAACGACAACUCCCGCGCAUGCUCCCAAAGCGGUGUCAGCGCCCCUGUCGCCACCAGCGCCAAAAGCACUCGCACCGUUGACGGCUUCCCUGAGUCGAAGCAGCGCUUCCCUCGCUGCUGCCGAAACAGUAACACCUGCUCUUGAAGGUAUUAACGAGGUGCCAGCUUCUGCGCAAAAGGCGCAGACCUGUGCAGCACCGCCAACACCGUCGCAGCCACUGGUCACACAGUUGCCGCGCUUGGCGGCAUUCGAAAGUCAGGAAGCAACGCCCUGCGCCGGUGCACCGCCGCCGUCGCCUCCCCGUUCCUCUUCUCCACCCCCGGCUAUCGCACGGAAAGAACGAACGGUGGAGUCGGUCAAGGCACCUGCCCCUUCACCGCCGCCCGCUGCGAUUCUUUCUACUGGAGUAGCCAAAGGAGAUGCCGCCACGGUGUCGCUACGCACGGCAGAAACGGUGCUGCGGUGCACGGCGCCGGCGCUCCCCGCGAAGGCUCAGAAUAGUCGCUUUAUGCGUCUGGCCGUAACAGAGCGCUUUUACUGA